AUGUCGCAGCCACGAGUAGUUGGUACUGAACCGGUGGAACUCCCUGCUGAUGUUCCUGGCUACGUGAAAAAGCCGCCACCAUACUCACUGGUUGUGGAAGAUGAGUUGACGCAAGAAGCUGGUAGUUUGCAAGGUGGAACCCUCGCAAAGAUCAUCAACUUGCAACAAGAAGAUGUUCACAAUUCUCCCCUUCACUACAACUCCGAAGUUGCAGAGAAGGUCUCAUCUUGUGAAUUCAAUCUCAAUAUAGUGAUCCAGAUCGUUGGAAGCAGAGGAGAUGUGCAGCCACUUGUUGCACUCGGAGCAGCAUUGAAGAAGGAUGAUCAUCGUGUUCGUAUCGCCACUCAUGAUGUAUUCGUGGGAUUUGUUCAUGAAGCAGGACUUGAGUUUCAUCCGAUCGGUGGAGAUCCACCUGAGCUUAUGGCAUUCAUGGUCAAAAACCCCGGCUUGAUCCCACAAAUGAAGACAUUGCGAGAUGGUGAAAUUUGA